UGAACCGUGUGGCGCGGCUUGCUAGACUAGCUCGAAUUGUGAUCACGGGUUUAGCUGCUGAGGCUCCCGCACAACUUGGUUUGGCGGCUGCUUCGCCCAGGCCCUGCUUCUUUCCCCUCACAAACCCUUGGCGAACCUUUGCUAGUAGAAUCAUGACGACCCCGGAGGUCUACAACCUGCCAGAGCAAUGGUCGGAGGAGCUGAAGGACGAGAACGGCGAGCCGAUGUCCAAGAGCGAGUUCAAGCGCCGUCAGAAGGCGAACCGCCUUGCGGCCGAGAAGGCUGAGAAGGAGGCUGCCAAGGCCGCCAAGGCCGCGGCUGCCCCCGCCAAGCCCGCCAAGGAGGCGGAUGGCCCGGCGCUGGAGGACGACUCCACCGAAAUCACCGACCCCACAGCCUACUUUGAGAACCGCGUCAAGUACAUCAACGCCAAGAAGGCUAAGGGCGUGAACCCCUACCCGCACAAGUUCCACGUGUCCAUGUCGCUGCCUGACUUCGUGGCCAAGUACAACAGCCUGGAGGCGGGGCAGCAGCUGACCGACGUGACAGUGUCCGUGGCGGGCCGCAUCUACAGCAAGCGGUCCUCGGGCUCCAAGCUGGUGUUCUACGACCUCAAGGGCGAUGGAUCCAAGAUCCAGAUCAUGGCGGACGCACGCAACUCGGACCUGGACGCCGAGGGCUACGCGCAGGUGCACAACGAGUGCAAGCGCGGCGACAUUGUGGGCGUGGAGGGCUUCCCCGGCAAGUCCAAGAAGGGCGAGCUGUCCAUCUUCCCCAAGAAGUUCGCGGUGCUGUCGCCCUGCCUGCACAUGCCGCCCUCCGCGCACUUCGGCCUCAAGGACCAGGAGACGCGCUACCGCCAGCGCUACCUGGACCUGAUCGCCAACUCGGACGUGCGCUCCAUCUUCUUCACGCGCGCCAAGAUCAUCCAGUUCGUGCGCCGCUUCCUGGACACCCGCGGGUUCCUGGAGGUGGAGACGCCCAUGAUGAACAUGAUCCCCGGUGGCGCCGCCGCGCGCCCCUUCGUCACCCACCACAACGACCUCAACAUGCAGCUGUACAUGCGCAUUGCGCCUGAGCUGUUCCUGAAGCAGCUGGUGAUUGGUGGCCUGGAGCGCGUGUACGAGAUCGGCCGCCAGUUCCGCAACGAGGGCAUUGACCUCACGCACAACCCCGAGUUCACCACCUGCGAGUUCUACCAGGCGUACGCGGACUACAAGGACCUGCUGGACCUGACGGAGCAGAUGAUCAGCCAGAUGGUGUACGAGAUCAAGGGCAGCUACAAGAUCGCCUACCACCCCGACGGCCCCGAGAAGCCCGCCAUCGAGAUUGACUUCUCGCCGCCGUGGCGCCGUAUCAGCAUGGUGUCGGGCCUGGAGGAGUGCCUCAAGGUGAAGCUGCCCGCGGACCUGGAGAGCGAGGAGGCGCGCCUGCUGCUGGUGAAGCUGUGCGAGCAGCACAACGUCAACUGCCCGGCGCCGCAGACCACGGCGCGCCUGCUGGACAAGCUGGUGGGCGAGUUCCUGGAGGAGCAGUGCGUCAACCCCACCUUCAUCUGCGACCACCCGCAGCUCAUGAGCCCGCUGGCCAAGUGGCACCGCGAGCUGCCCAACAUGACGGAGCGCUUCGAGCUGUUCAUCAACAAGCGCGAGGUGUGCAACGCCUACACCGAGUUGAACGACCCGCUCAAGCAGCGCGAGCUGUUCGGGGACCAGGCCAAGGCCAAGUCCCAGGGCGACGACGAGGCCAUGUUUGUGGACGAGGUGUUUUGCACGGCGCUGGAGUACGGCCUGCCGCCCACCGGUGGCUGGGGCCUGGGCGUGGACCGCAUGACCAUGCUGCUGACCGACACCAACAACAUCAAGGAGGUGCUGCUCUUCCCGGCCAUGAAGCCCGAAGAGCAGGGGGGCAAGAAGGAGGACGCAUGAGCGGAGGGCGGAGGAGGAGCGAGCGGGGGGUGCGGAGGAGGGGAGGUUUAGGGGGGCGGAGUGUGUGGGUGGCGGACGGCCGAAGAGCAGGUGCAUGGAGCAGGCGCAGGCUUGGCGGCAGGAGUAGGCACUAGGCAGAGCGGGGUGUAAGCGGCUUAGACAGGAAGCUCUAUCCUCGCGUGCAUGGAUGCGUGUCCGGUGCCACACGCAUGAGAUACAACAGUGCGUUCGUGCAGCGUGCAGCGAAAGUUCGGGGCUCCUCAGGAGGGCAGCGUGACGCGUGUCCAAUGAUGACACAACACACACGUGGGCGUAACAUGAGUUAUGACAUGAUGGACUAGGAUAGACAUGAUGACAGCAGGGACGCGCACAGCAGGAGGGAACUGGAGCUUGAGAUUAGCUGGACUAGGAGGCAAAUUGGUGUGUUGGAAGGUCUGCACGCGGCCUCUCCACAAAUGGCGGCGUGUGUGGAUGCCAUAGCAUCACGCCGGCCGAUGUAAGCAGUGGCUGUAGUAUCAAUGCAUAAUACGUGCCUGGUGUCGUCCUCGUGCGUCGCCGGCGUCGGCCGUCGGGUACUGCGGCGGGCCGGCGGCACGAAGUUGUGCACUGCGCAAUGCAUGGCGAACGACGUUUAACGGAAAUUGGAUCGGGCAUCGCGGUCUAACCGACCGGCCGCAUAAUCGGUUGGAAUCACAGUGACCUGCCACGCAUGUUCUACCUUUCUCCAGGGCUAGAAAGGGUGUACUUAACAUAUUUAAGUAUCUUGU